CAGCCAUGCUCCCUUCCCAGCCGCUCCUGCACGCUGCGGUGUUUGCAGUCGCAGUCCUUCAGGCCUUUGCCUCCGACACCUUCACUGCGGCUGUCUAUGAGCAUGCAGUUAUCCUGCCAGAUGCCACUGACCAGCCCGUUUCUCCUGAUGAUGCUUUGGCCCUGAUGAACAAAAACAUGGAUGUCUUGGAAGGGGCCAUCAAGGAAGCCGCCCAGCAGGGUGCCCACAUCAUUGUGACUCCUGAAGACGGCAUUUAUGGCUGGCGUUUCACGAGAGAAGACAUCUACCCCUACCUGGAGGAUAUCCCUGAUCCGGCAGUGAAUUGGAUUCCCUGCACUGACCCCACAAGAUUUGCUCGUGCUCCAGUGCAGGAACGACUCAGCUGCAUGGCCAGGAAUAACUCCAUCUAUGUGGUUGCAAACAUCGGGGACAAGAAGCCAUGCAACUCCAGUGAUCCCAGCUGCCCCAGUGAUGGUCGCUAUCAGUACAACACUGAUGUCGUCUUUGACCCAGAGGGGAAACUAGUGGCUCGUUAUCACAAGUACAACCUAUUUAGAAGAGAAACUCAGUUUGAUUACCCAAAAGAGCCAGAAGCUGUUACCUUUGAGACCCCCUUUGGGAAGUUUGGCAUUUUCACUUGCUUUGACAUCCUUUUUCGUGAGCCUGCCGUGGUUCUGGUGAGCGAGUUGCAGGUGGACACCGUGCUCUUCCCGACGGCUUGGAUGAACGUCCUGCCGUUUCUGACUGCGGUGGAGUUCCACUCUGCCUGGGCUAUGGGCAUGGGUGUCAACUUGCUUUCAGCAAAUACUCACAACACCAGCUUUGCAAUGACAGGCAGCGGGCUGUUCACGCCGGAGGGACCUGCCGCCUACCAUUACGACAGCGUGACAGAGGAGGGACAUCUCCUGAUAGCGAACCUGAGUGCAUGUCCCCGUCUUUCCCCCACCUACCCUCCUGCUGUCAACUGGAGCUCAUAUGCCACAAGCAUCAAGAAUUUUCCGGGAGAAAAUGACACUUUUUCGGGAGCUGUCCGGCGGGAUAUAUUCACUUUCAGUGAACUCAGGCACAAAGCUGGAAAUUUCACAGUUUGCCAAGGAGACCUCUGCUGUCAUUUGGUCUACCAGAUGUCAAACAAGAGCAAAGAUGAAGUUUAUGUCCUGGGUGCAUUUGAUGGGCUUCACGGUUCUCUCAUAAAAUACCAUUGGCAGAUAUGCACGUUGCUCAAGUGCAAGAGCACAGACCUGAACACAUGCGGUCAGCCGGUGGAGAUGGCUCAGACCAAGUUCGAGAUGUUCUCCCUCAGCGGCACGUUUGGCACCAACUACGUCUUUCCAGAAGUCUUGUACAGCGGGGUGCAGCUGGCCCCCGGGGAGUUUGAGGUGCUAUGUGACGGACGUUUGGAAAGUAAGCAUGGCACAUCGAAACC